UCAUAUGUCCCAAACCUGUGCUCUUCUCCUGAAACCACUGGAGAUAUUUCAGAGCCCACAGUUCAGUGUCCUUCUCCUGAAUUUCCUGCUCCAGAGUCAAAGCCUGACAGUCUGGACUCUCGCAUACAAAUGCUUUUAAGUGCUGGUAGUCCAGUUCUACCGAUUCUGAGCCAAGACAGUUCAGACUCAGAGUCUACUGAAGAGAUUGAUCAUCAUCAGUGCCUGUCCAGUUCCUUUCAGUCACUGACCACUGGUGUUUCUUUAAAUUGUGAUCAAACGUCCUCUAUUGUUAGAGAUACAGGUUCCUAUCCAAGAGAAAGUUUAUCUGGAAUGGAGGAUGUGAAUCCCUCUGCACUCUUUGAUGUGGAAGAAGACAAACAUGAACUUCAGUCACCUAAGAAGCCCUUGUCCGAGAUGUCCUCCAGCACCAUUGUCAAUCCAAAUGAAGAUCAAGAUACUUCAGACCAGCCAUCUAGUAUACCAGUGAUCUGCACCAACAGGAGCUCUUCAACACCCCCUAUGUCUGAAAUACCCCCACCUCCAAUCCCAUCAGCUCACUACCCCUUGUUACCUGGGUACUCUCUACCUACAUCUUCUGGCUCAUUGUAUCCUCAUUCAGCCAUCAAGCAAGUCUGUCGGCCAUCAAGCUGGCAGACUAGUUUGGCACCUCUUCCUAUUCCAACUAGAAUAACACAAGGGCAAACUUCCUUCUCACCCCCUUUCCUCCCCCAGUCCUUUAGUUUUAUGACUCAGCGCCCACCUCACCCUUCUGCUGGGUGUUCAUCUACUAUGUUGAGGUACAGGCCACCCUGGCCUCCUCCUCUCAUGCCCAGGUUUGACCCUUCAGUGCCCCCACCUGGGUACGUCCCCACGAAAGAGUUACCUCAUAGGGCCACAGUAGAUAUAGUUCUGGCUAUAGUUGCUUCUGAACUGCGGGCCAUUGUAAAGAAAGACAUACACCGCAGAAUGAUUGAGAUUGUGGCCUUCAAAGCAUUUGAUCAGUGGUGGAAUGACAAAGAACAGGCAGCCAAGGUAUCUGCCCCAGCUGUUAAAUCAGGUGGAAAUAAAGACAUAAAACUCAGAGUAAUGGCGCAAUGCUUGAGAUUAGGGACUGCUGGGGGUGAAGGCUGUAUACUGGACUCAGGAAAAAUAAAGAGUCUACAUGGUGCCCAUUAAACUGCCAUCGUUUUAAGGAAGGAUCCAUGUGGUCAGAGCUCCACUGAUGUUAAAAGGAUCUGUCCUUCUCCUGGUCUUGAGCACUCUGAAGAUGAAGAAUCAGAGCAGCAAACAGCCCCAGAUUAUGUUGAUGAGGCCACAGUCUUAAAUGCCAGUGAAGACACCAUGGUGAAACGAAGGCAUUCCAGGCCUUUAGCCUUAGAUAGUGAGGAGGAGGAGGAUGAUGACAAUAAUUCCGAGAAGGUGGAGGAACCAAAACCAGACCAAGUGCAUGCAUGUGAUGAGGUAUUUUAAAAAGUUGGUAAAGACAAGAGUGAUCCCUGUGUUAUUGUAGAUGAUGAAGAUACAGAUACAGAUACUCUCAGCAUUCCAAUUCAUCAGCUUCUAAAUGAGCCAAGGAUCCGACUCUUUAGCUCUCUUCCCAGAAGUGCCUCUCACUCCUCAGCUUCUCCAUCGGUAAUGGACUCCCCACUUUCCCUCUUCCUAGAACCUGACUUUGUCUCUUUAGACGACAGAAGUGACGAGUCCUCAUCUGUGUCUUCUGCUGAGGAUGAUCAGUCAGAUGGUCAAAGUUCUCUUCCUGAAACACCACACAAGAACAGAAGAGUAGUAGAGACUAUAUGGAUUUCUUCAGAUGAGGAUGAUCAUGAAAACCAACAAACGGUUCACACUCCGGUUUUCUUAGCUUCUACACACUGGGAAGAAGAUCUCGAACCCCCUGUGACCCCGUCUGCUCCAGAUUCAAUUGAAAGUGAUGUAGACAAUGACUUUUUUGAUUGGGAUCAAGCUCAAGUGGAAGACCCAGAGGAGGAACUGAGUGUACGAGUGUAUAUGCAGGGUCUGAAACUGCCUGAGCCUCUCAGAUACACCUUACAGGACCCUGUUAAACACUGUUUGACAAACAAACUGAAGCUCCCAGACCCGGUGAAAUUCUUCUCAGAUCAGGAGUCAGAGCUGCCAAGCCCACCUUCUCCUACAUACAGAGGAUUAUCAGAUGACUUGGAGACCCAGUACACUACAGACUCAGAGGACCAGAGAGUCAUCACAGAAACACUGGAGGAUCCUGUGCACCUCAGACCCAUCACACCCACUGGAUCUCUGUCUGACAGUGACCCUGACAUGGAACUACGACGGAGAUUUUCUCCUCCGGCUGUCGAGGACGUAGAUCUGCCACACACUCCUGGUGGAUGUCUGGAACUGGAGGAUGAUGAGGAUAAUAUUCUACCACCAGGACCACCGACACCACUACCACCUCCUCCAUCUCCUACCGGCAUCCAAGAACUUCGAUCCUCACCGCUUUACUACCGUGUUCCUCUCCUGUCAUCAUAUCCUGGAUAUGAGGAAAUCCCAAAAACACCAGGCAGAGUCAAUGAUCCAGGUUUUGUUUAUCACUCUGAAAUAAUAACACCACCGCGAGAGCCUUCACGAAGACUGGAAAGCCCCUGCAACCCCUUUCUGUCUUCUUUUACUGACAGCGGGAUCCCAAGGACUCCAGGGAGAGACAUGUCUCUGUCUCCACCUGUGUUAAACCACAGAGAAGAACAUGUUCAACAAAGAGAGCUGUUGAAUUCUGGACGUCAUCGUGACACUGAUUUUGCACAGUCAGACGCACAAACAAACAAUUUUAGUAUAAAUAAUAGUCACACACCUCAUUCAGACAAGGCACGCUUAAAAAGGCGACGAGAGCGUCUUAAAAAUAGACAACGAAUGAUUGAAUUACAACGCACAAGACGGUGCACUGAUCUAAAUACUCAUUCAUCUUCACAAGUGAGCAGUGUGACAACAAGACCUUUUACCAAUGAAUGUUUGGAGUCUUUGGACAGAGUCUCAAAUAUCAGGACAGAAGAAACAGACAAUAGUCGUCAGCAGAUUGAGACUCAAAGGCUUUCAGAGUCGUCCUGUGUGAGGAGAGAUUCCUCAUUGAUUCCUCAUCUUAUCUUCACUCCACGCUCUAAGAGAAGAGAGAAGUUGGUCCUUCAUGCUGUGUGGACUAAAGGAGUGAAUGAAGAGGAGAUCCGGCACCUGAAGGCCUCCUAUGAGAGGCUUGUGGUGGAGGAUAACGAAUAUGAUUGGUUGAGCCGAACGCGCUGGAUCCCACAUCCUCCAACCAGCACUUCUGACGACAGGCCGAGAAGAUGGUUGGAUGGGGUCAGGAAUCAUGUGACAGGUUGUGCACGCAGUGAAGGUUAUUACUUCAUCAGCAAGAGGGAAAAGCUGCGGUAUCUCUGUAAUGAGCUUACUGCUUCAGAAGAGUUUACUGCAGAUACUCAGGGAAAGAGUGUUUCAGCUCAGGUUCCACAUUCAUCCAGAUCUGGCUCUGAACUCAGAGCAGAACAGCGCCGCCUGUUGUCCUCCUUCAGCUGUGACAGUGACCUCCUCAAAUUCAACCAGCUCAAGUUCCGCAAAAAGAGGCUCCGUUUUGGCAAGAGUCGUAUUCAUGACUGGGGGCUUUUUGCGGAGGAGCCUAUUGCUGCUGAUGAAAUGAUAAUUGAAUAUGUGGGCCAGAGUAUUCGGCAGGUAAUAGCGGACAUGCGUGAAAGGCGUUAUGAAAAUGAAGGCAUUGGAAGCAGCUAUCUAUUCCGGGUGGACCACGACACCAUCAUUGAUGCAACCAAGUGUGGUAACCUGGCAAGAUUCAUCAACCACAGUUGCAAUCCAAACUGUUAUGCCAAAGUCAUCACUGUAGAAGCUCAAAAGAAGAUUGUCAUCUACUCACGGCAACCUAUCACUGUAAAUGAAGAGAUCACUUAUGAUUACAAAUUCCCUAUUGAGGACGAGAAGAUCCCCUGUCUGUGUGGUGCAGAGAACUGUAGAGGAACCCUCAACUAGACAAUAACUCAUCAAACACAAAAAAGUAUUAGCAGUAAACAUGAAUCUGUUUUUAAGCACAAAGUUCUGU